UACAAACCUACCUCCACCUUACAUAGAAAUCGUUAUCGAAUUUUUAAAGUUUAGUUUUGCCAAAAUAAAUAAAAAAUAGCCAAUAAUAGUUCUCAAUCUCUCUCUUUAACUCUUACUUUGGUGUUUCCCUCCCUCCAUAAAUACCGAACUUCACUCCUUCUUGCUCCUCAGUCCUCACUAUCAAUUAACAAAACCUAACUCUUCUUUAACAAGAGCGCAUUUGUUCUUUCUUCAGCUUCUUCUUUACUCUUAGAGUAAUUUCAAACCCCUUCUCUAAUAAUAACACAAACAAAAAUGGUUACUAUUAAACUAGCAAUUCUGUUUACUACUUAUGUCCUCUUUAGCCUCGCCGACGCAAGAAUCCCCGGCGUAUACUCCGGUGGCGCGUGGCAAAACGCACACGCUACUUUCUAUGGCGGCAGUGACGCCUCAGGAACAAUGGGAGGAGCUUGUGGUUACGGUAACCUUUACAGCCAAGGCUAUGGAACCAACACGGCUGCUUUGAGCACGGCGCUUUUUAACAACGGUAUGAGUUGUGGAGCCUGCUUUGAGCUAAAAUGCGCCAACGAUCCACAAUGGUGCCAUUCAGGAAGCCCAUCGAUUCUUAUUACCGCAACCAACUUCUGCCCACCAAACUUUGCUCAGGCCAGCGAUAACGGUGGAUGGUGCAACCCGCCACGUGAACACUUCGAUUUAGCCAUGCCUGUAUUCCUCAAGAUUGCUCAAUACCGUGCUGGCAUUGUCCCUGUCUCAUACCGCAGGGUGCCCUGCAGAAAGAGAGGAGGGAUAAGGUUCACAAUCAACGGUCACCGAUACUUCAACUUGGUGCUGAUCACUAACGUUGCGGGAGCAGGAGACAUCGUGAGGACGAGCGUGAAAGGUUCACGAACUGGCUGGAUGAGUCUGAGCAGGAACUGGGGUCAGAACUGGCAAUCUAACGCUGUUUUGGUUGGUCAGUCACUUUCUUUCCGUGUCACCGGCAGUGACCGUAGAACCUCUACUUCAUGGAACAUUGUUCCUUCUAACUGGCAGUUUGGUCAAACCUUUGUCGGGAAGAAUUUCAGGGUCUAAAGCGAGUUUCGAGAAACUAAACAUUGAAGUGGUCGAGACAAAAGAAAACUCUCCGUUAAUUGAGGGGAGAAUAGUAUCUUUUACUUUAGUGUGUGUGUGUGUCUUUAUGUUUUUGUUUUAUUUUUGGAGUUUGGUGUUUUAAUUGUGAGUUAUAUUUAGCUGAAGUGGCUGUGAGAAAAUCUUGUAUCAGCCCGCAGCUACUAAAGUAUUUUACAUUGGUUGGGUUGUAAGUUACAACUUGUAACGUGUACUCUAAACAUGGUUAUGGUGUGAUGCUAUAUAUUUACUACAGAAAUUGGUGGUAUUGUCCCUAAAUACACUUCAUAUUUGC